GGUCACUCCACUUCCUGCUUCCGCCACCGAGUGAGUAUAUGAAAACAUGGCGGUGCAGACGGACCGAGGCGUCCCGCUUAGUACGCUUUGUCCAAAGUUUCUUCACACCAACUCCACCAGCCACACCUGGCCUUUCAGCGCUAUAGCUGAGCUCAUAGACAAUGCCUAUGAUCCAGAUGUCAAUGCCAAACAGUUCUGGAUUGAUAAGACUGUGAUUGAAAAACAAGAGUGCCUCAGCUUUAUGGAUAAUGGAAACGGACUGGACCAUGAAACUAUGCAUAAGAUGCUCAGCUUUGGGUACAGCGAUAAGUCCGUUGUGAAUGGUGUGGCGCCAAUAGGUAUCUAUGGCAACGGGUUCAAGUCUGGAUCCAUGCAUCUUGGCAGAGACGCCAUCGUUUUUUCCAAGUCAAAGAACACUUCAUGCGUCGGGAUGCUCUCUCAGACCUACCUGGAAGAGAUCGAUGCCAAGCAAAUAAUUGUACCAAUCAUCAGCUUCGCACACACAAAAACUACCAAGUUCUCAGUACGAGAGGAGGACAAAGUCAGUCUGCAGGACAUCCUGCGCUAUUCCCCUUUCAAAAAACAGGAGGACCUUCUCGACGAGCUCAAAGCCAUCAGUCCCCCCUGGUCCACGGGGAAAACAGGCACACGGAUUAUCAUCUGGAAUCUCCGCACGACAUCUACUGGAGCACAUGAGUUUGAUUUUGAGAGUGACCGGUACGAUAUCCGAAUUCCACCUGAUGCCUAUGAGUCGGUGAGCGACACAGCUCAACAUCAAUCGUCAUCAUACGUCCCUGAGAGUGUUAACUCUCUGCGGGCAUAUUGCAGUAUUUUGUACCUGAAGCCUCGGAUGCAGAUCAACAUACGAGGUCAGAAGGUGAAAUCUCAGCUCAUUGCUAAGAGUCUUGCCCUCGUCAGAAAGGACUACUACAAACCAACAUUCCUGACCAAACGCAUUCCUAUCAUUUUUGGGUAUAACACCAAAAGUAAAGAGCAGUAUGGCAUGAUGAUGUAUCACAAGAAUCGCCUCAUCAAACCUUACAAACGCGUGGGCUGCCAAAUGAGGGGCAACAACCAAGGUGUUGGGGUCAUUGGCGUAGUAGAGUGCAACUUUCUCAAUCCCACCCACAAUAAACAGAGCUUUGAUGAGACAGAUAAAUACAGGAAAACUAUGAACAACAUGGCGACUAAACUGGAAGAGUACUGGAAACAAAUCCAUUACAUUAGGAACAAAGAUAAUCCAAACAGCACCACACCAGUGGAGGAUACCAUAAAGAAACCAGAUCAACUCUGGGUGCAAUGUGAUGACUGUCGCAGGUGGCGCAAACUCCCCGAUGGGAUUGACAACAGCAAGUUACCAGAUAAAUGGUUCUGUCAUAUGAACCCUGACCCUCAGUUCAGGAGCUGCCAGGUAGAGGAGGAGCCAGAGGACUCAGAUGAUGACCAACCUUCGUACCGUAAGACCUACAAACAACAAGAAAAAAAGGACAAAAAGCAGCAAGAGAUGAGUAAAAAAAAGGAGGAGGAGAAUCGAAGGCAACAGGAAGUGCAGCGAGUUGCUAAUCUCGCCAAACAAAACCGGGAUCUUAGACAGCGGCACGAAGACCUGAAACGGCAACUGUGUCCAACGACUGUCCGUUCACCUUCCACCCCCAAUACCCCAAAGAGUAGGUUCAAUGCUGAUUCAACUCCACUGAAACCCUCCAGUAUUUUACAAGCUGAUGUCAGCCCCUCGCGUAGCGAUGGGCUUCCAGUUAUUUCCAAUGUGGUCUCUUUGUCAGUAUCCCGUCUGAGGAGAAAAAGAGAACGGUCUGUUAGUCCUCAAACAACGCCCAAAAGAUAUCUAGCAAAUGACUUCCAGAGGAGCAUCUCAGAUACUCCGACAUCUGCGGAUGUGAGCGCACCCUGCUCCCCAUCAGUGCCUGUUGGAGAGGAUGAUAAUGAGGAUGAUACUGAUGAUGACAUUUUCAUCGUGGAGGAUGUCAGCACGCCCAAACCAAAAAGUCUGUGCUUUGCUUUGAAUAAAGUGAAGAUAGAGCCAGAGCCAACUGAUGCCGGUGUCUGCAAGAUGUUGGAGUGUAGCGAUGACGCCGCUGUGGAGUCGGAGACAAACACUGCGGGAAUAAGCUCUACAGGGUCUGCGGCUGUUGGAGCCAAUCCCUCCCCGAUCCCUCCUCCACAGCUGACCAGCAUCACCACCCAGACAGAAGCACCCCAAGUAAAGAUGGAAGAGGAGGAUCCAAAUCAAACUGAGGGGAAUGGAAUAACAGGACAGAGUGCAUCUAAUGUGAAUGGUGUAGAACAGGUUUCAUGUGCCUGCAGCACUGAAGAAAGAGACAUAAAGCAAGAGAGCGAGGUAAAUACUCAAAAUGACCAUGAAGAAAAUCUUCAGAAUGUAGUGACACGUCCUCUGGAAGGUGACAAAAUUGCAGGACCUUCCUGUGCACCGUUCUCCCCACUUUACAACCCAAGUGUCACUGAGGUGCAGGGACAACAAGACCAGCUCCUGGAGCUCAUACAGGAUACAGCGAAAGAGAGAGACUCCUUAAAAGAAGAGGUCAAUAGACUUACCUGCCAGCUGCAGGAAAUGCAAAUGCAAAGGAGACUGCCAGAGCCGUCUGAGAUGAAUGAAAAGAGACGAUGCUCUCACCAGGCCAGCCAGACGGUGAAGACGGAGGAAACAGUGGAGGGGUUUGACUACAAAAGUAUGUUUGAGAAGGCAAAACAGAAAGUUGAUGAAUUGAUCAAGGACAAAGAGGCUUUAGUGGCAGCUACUGAGAGCAAACCCAGUCCUGGUCAAGAUAAGGAAAAGGACUCUGACGAGAUUGCGCUGCAAGUUGACUUUCUGAUGCGGGAACUGGACCAGAAACACAAGGAGAACGAAAAACUGCACUCACAGAUGGACAGUGUGCAGGAGGAAAAUGCGAACCUGGCAGCCCAGUGUGAAGAGCUCAGGUUGAAGCUGCAGCAGCAGAGGGGAAACGCUGAAGAGGGAAGCACAAAGCCGCCGCAAAGAUUCACGGAUUCUUCUGCACGAACCGAUGCAGCGGAGGCAGCGGAGGCAGCGGAGGCAACUGUCACUGGUGGAGAUUCAAGCUCAGACACAUUCAGAAGUUUGAUCGAGCUUCGGCAGAAUGUCGGGCGCCUUCUCAUCACCCAUAUUCCUGCUCUCUCCCUCGACCAAGUGAACUUUCAGUGCAAUGUAAUCGAUGAAAUCCUCGAACAGUAUCUGUCUGAGAGAGAUUCUGUCAAAGAAGAGGAACAAUGGGAUUAAGUAAAUCCUGGCCUACUCUAGAGUUGUAUUAUGCCUUUAUAUUAAAUUGUAUAUAGUUGAAUGUAUGUUAACAGAUUUUAUAUUGAUGUCCAUUAAAUCCAGCUACAAGCUGCUUUUAUAUUA